AGAGCCCACUCUACUCCUCCUCUCUUCUGCACCCCAUCAUACUCACCACCACUCUACCCAUCCGUCCCGAAAGGAAAGCUUUCAAAAAAAUUGCUCCGAUUUACAAUUUGCUGAGCAAUAGCGGGCAUGCCACGCUGCGACCGAAACAAGGAUUCGAGGAGAACAUGGAAAAAAUGCCUUCACUUUUACAAAUGCACUUUAUAUUUAUUCAUCUUUAGUCUGGAACUAAACAGCAGCGUUUCAGAGCCUGUGAAUGGUGAUGUGUUUGUGUUCUUCCACGAGGGGGCUCAGGGCUGUCUAGGGGUGCAGGGUCUCUCCCUGUCCCUGUCCGAGUCCUGCGAGGAUGACGCCCAGAAGUGGAAGUGGGUGACCAGGGGCCGGCUCUUCAACCUAGGCUCCUCUCUGUGCCUGGGCCUGACAACAGGCAACUACAGCUCCAGGGAGGACGCCUCACCACUGGGCGUCUACCCCUGUGACAGAGAGCCUCCAGGGGUCCGAUGGACCUGGUACUGUGUCCAUGUGUUGGAGAACCUCAACCUGUACAUGCCGUCACCCUCGCACCCUGUUAACCCCUCCGCUAACUCCUCAGUGUUGGCCUCGGAUGUCAAGCCCCCACGGGAGGGGCUCAAGUGGAGGCUCUUUGGGGACGAUCAGGACCUUUGUUCUAGGGCCUAUCGUGAGAUCUAUACUAUCCAGGGGAACUCUCACGGUCGGCCCUGCUACCUGCCCUUCAUGUACGAUGGCCAGUGGUUCCACAACUGCACCAGUAUUGGCAGAGAGGACGGUCACCUGUGGUGUGCCACCACCUUCGACUAUGCCAAGGACGAACGCUGGGGCUUCUGUCCUGUUAAGAGCAAUGACUGUGAGACGUUCUGGGACACAGACCCCCUGACAGACAGCUGCUACCAGUUCAACUUCCAGGCCACCCUGUCAUGGAGCGAGGCUCGCAUCAGCUGCCAACAGCAGAGAGCUGACCUGCUCAGUAUCACCAAGCUGCAUGAGCAGACCUACAUCAACGGUUUGCUGACUGGUUACAGUGCUUCUCUGUGGAUCGGUCUGAAUGACCUGGACAUCAGCGGAGGUUGGCAGUGGGCUGACUCCUCCCCGCUCAAAUACCUCAACUGGGAGAACGACCAGCCGAGCCAUGUGGAUGAGGAGAACUGUGCGGCGAUCAGGACAGAGUCGUCCGGCCGCUGGCAGAACAGAGACUGCUCUGUAGCCCUUCCCUAUGUCUGUAAGAAGAGACCCAAUGCCACCCUGGACCCCUUCACCACCGACUCGUGGGCGGAUGAUGAGAAGUACGAGUGUGAUGUAGGCUGGCAGGCGUUCCAGGCAGGCUGCUACAGACUGACGUCAGAGAAGGUGGACUGGGACGCUGCUCAGAAAACCUGUCAGAAAAUGGAGGCCAACCUGGUCAGCCUCCACACCCUGCCUGAACUAGAGUUCAUCAUCAACAACAUCAAGCGAGAUGUGGAGGAGCUGUGGAUUGGUCUCCAUGACACGGCUAUGCAGAUGGACUUCCAGUGGACAGACCACACGCCCGUCAUCUUCACUUACUGGCAUCCCUUUGAGCCCAACAACUUCCAAAACACCCCAGAGGACUGUGUCACCAUCUGGGGACCCGAAGGCCGCUGGAAUGACAGUCCCUGUAACCAGACCCUGCCGUCCAUCUGUAAGAAAGCAGCCCAGAAGACUGACGGAGAGGCACAGGACCACGGGUGCAAACCAGGCUGGAGAUGGCACAGUCCGGCCUGCUACUGGGUGGGAGAGGAGCAGGUGACCUUCGAGGAGGGCAGGAAGGCCUGCGCUGGCAGCGGAGCAACCCUCAUCACCAUCACCAAUAGGUUUGAGCAGGCAUUUGUCAACAGUUUGGUGUUUGGCCGUUCUGGGGAUUCGUUCUGGAUAGCCCUGCUUGACCAGAAAAGCCCCGGGAAAUUCCGCUGGCUCAGCGGGGAUGAAGUGGCCUAUACCAACUGGAACAGAGACCAGCCAGGAGGAAACAUCAAGGGGGGCUGUGUAACCAUGGAGACGGGCUACGCCACAGGCCUAUGGGAGGUGAAGGACUGUGCGUCGGCCCGGGCCAAGUUCAUCUGUAGACUGAACCAGGACACGUCCCUCAGCCCUGAGCCCCCCACCCCACUCCCCACCCCCAGCCUCACUGGAUCCUGCCCCAACGGGUGGAAGACAAACGGCAAGCUGCACCACUGCUACAAGGUGUUCGACUCGGCCCAGAUGGACCAGAAGCUGAACUGGCUGCAGGCCCACCUAGCCUGUCAGAGACACCAUGGAGCCAACCUGCUGAGUGUCAGUGGCCCAGAGGAGGAGCACUUCAUACUGCAGAUAUUACACGAAGCCUUUGGGGAGUCAGAGGACCAUGAGCAGCGCUGGUUCUGGAUCGGCCUGAACCGCAGGAACCCCAUGGACAACGGUAGCUGGAAGUGGAGCGAUGGACUGGCCUAUACGUACCAGAACUUUGGGCGUUACUACUACAACGUCCGUCAGUGUGCAGCAGCAGAUCUGGGCACCAUGACCUGGCUGGCCAUGCGCUGUGACGCUGAACUGGACUGGAUCUGCAAGAUCCCCAAAGGAAAUGUUGAUAAGGAUCCAAACCCCACUGAAGCCCCCACUGCCAGUGAGUGGGUGGGCUUCCAGGAGGCAGAGUAUAAGUUCUUCGACCACCGGUCUACGUGGGACCAAGCCCAGAGGAUCUGCUCCUGGUUCGGUGCUUCUCUGGCUUCCAUCCACUCUUCUGCGGAGGAGGUUUUCCUUGCCAACACACUGCACAAGAUGACCAAGGUAGAGGGGGACCACUGGUGGGUGGGGCUUCAUACGUAUGAGAACGAUGGCCGUUUCCACUGGUCAGACCACUCUGUGCUCAACUAUGUGUCCUGGGCUCUCAGCAGGCCACACCCACUCAGCCGCGACCGCAAGUGUGUCCACAUGUCAGUCAGCAAAGCGGAGUGGGCAGAUCAGAAAUGCCACUCAGACUUGCCCUACAUCUGUAAGAGAGUGAAUGUCACAGGCACUAUCCCACCCACACCCUCCACCCCCCUGCCCCCCGCGGGCUGCCCUGAUGGCUGGGGCCCCUUCCUACACAAGUGUUAUAAGGUGUUUGGUCAUGAGGAGAGCCGGAGGGCCACAUGGUCAGGAGCCAGGCUCAUGUGUGAGUCACAGGGAGGAGCCUUGGCUGUGGUGCCCAAUCACGUGGAGCAAGCCUUUGUCACCACUCUGCUGUCCAAUGUGAGUUUUGACCUGUGGGUGGGGCUCACGUCUGACUCUAAAGGCCACUUCCAAUGGGCUCGUCCUGGACUCCUCAGCUACACCAACUGGGCCUCUGGAGAACCCCUGGACAACAGUGGACCACUCCACAACAAGAGUCCGGGGAACUGUGUGGUGAUGAUCCAUGGGAACCCAGCUAAAAAUACUGGCAUGUGGGCAUCCCGGGCCUGUGAGAUGGAGAAACAUGGCUACAUCUGCCAGAAGAAACAAGACCCAGCUCUGCCCCCUGGCGCUGCCCUCCUGCCCUCCUCCCUGUCCGGAGCCCUGGACCUGGGUGGGGUGUCGUACCGCAUAGUGAAGAAGCGUCUGGACUGGAUGGGGGCGCUGCAUGUGUGCGAGUCUUUGAACGGGACGUUGGCUUCAGUGAGAGACCCCUACCAACAGGCUUACCUCACCCUGCUGAUGAACAGCCUACACCUCCCAGCAUGGAUAGGCCUUUACAACUAUGGGGGACGGCACUUCAGCUGGUUGGGCGAGGAGGACCUGAUUUACACUGCCUGGCGGGAUGGGGAGCCUAAUACACUGUCUGGAUGUGGUCACAUGACCACGGUGGGGCAGUGGACUAUGACCCCCUGUGAUGCUAAACUGGAUGCUGUCAUCUGUCAGAUGAAUACAGAAGAGGCUUUGGUGCACAAGUGGAGUUUCCCAGGACAGUGCCCUCACUCUCUGGGCGACUGGGCCUGGGUGCCUUUCAGGAACCACUGCUACUCCUUCAACCUGCAGAGCCUCCGGCUGCAGACCGACGCCCACUCCUCCUGCAGGAAGGUGGGUGGCCAGCUGCUGUCGGUCCUGGAUGAAACAGAGAAUGGCUUUGUGUGGGAGCACAUCCAGGGCUACCAGGAGCAGGCCCACGGAGCCUGGCUGGGUAUGACCUUUAACUCCAAAGGGGGCAGUCUGAUGUGGUCUGAGAGUGCGGAGGUGAAGUUCACUAACUGGGAGGUGCAGAGCACCAACUUGAGCACGCUGUUUCCCAACGCCUGCUUCUGGAUCCAGAGCAACACAGGCCUUUGGAAACCAGGCUCCUGCAAGAACCACACACACGGAGUCAUCUGCAAACGGCCACGCAGUGCUGAGGCUUUGGCGGUAGUCUCUGAAGAGGACCACCUGCCCACUCUGAUUGUGAUCAUGGUGACGGGCCUGGCGUUGGUGAUCCUCAUCGCAGGCGUGAUCUACCUGUACCGCCGGCGCCAGGCAGGCUCCCGUGGAUCUUACGAGGGGGCGCGCUACAGCCGCACCAACUCCAACCCCUCCGAACAGGCCGAGAAGAACAUCCUGGUGUCUGACAUGGAGCUCAACGAACAGCCGGAGUAGCACAGCCAACCAGGCCUGGCCCCUCCCCCCAGGGCAGGAGACACCUGGGAGUACCUAAUACUGACUGACCCACUGUCUGACUGAUACGCAUUCUGCUUCUACAUUUUAUGUCCCCGUUCUGUUUGAAAAGAUGCUGAAGAUGCUGAAGGUCUGUGCUGUGUCGAGCGCAGCAGAUGCCAAUCAAAUUCCAUUUAAACAGUCAUUCUCCAAAGGGGUUAAUAAUAUGCAAAUUACAAUAUGAACUGCUUUUCUUAGUAGUAUAGCAAUAAUGUUUCUGAUGUCAGUUUCACAUUUCAUUUCAAACACUUCCUGUUUUUGGUCCCUAAGUCAAAAAGGCAGAUGCCAAAAGCCAUAGACUAAGGCUUUGCACCAGUCCUUCCCUUGUCAGGAGACUCAGUAUCAUCCAAAUAUCAACACAAUUACCAUGGACACCAUGACAGUAUUUACCUGAGGUUAACUUCAGGUUUGCUUUGUAUAUUUCCUUUUGGUUUGUUUGUGUGUUUUUUUGUCCAGUGCAGCUGUAGUGAAUCUGUAGCGAAUCCUCCUUCUAAUUCUGGUUGUUGUCGUGAAGCUUUUGUUGUUGCCCGACCCCUUCCCUCCCCCCCCUUCUGUUCUGACUGACACGUCAGCAAAGGCUGGUUGGAAAGCAAUACUUACUUCAGUGUGGAAGAGAAGAGGACAGUGAUUUUUAGAGUGGCGAUUUUAGAGUGAUUUUAACGAGUCCCUGGCCUGUUCACCACAACUGCACAUACAGUAGGAGAGAGAGAGAGAGAGAAAUUUGACGUUGAUACAGACUGAUACCGUCUUUUGUUGUCUUGGUACAGUGUGAUGGGGUCGAUAAGGGUAUGACACCCAUUAUAUUUCAGUAUGUAACAUUCUAGAGGGUUUUAGAGGGUUUGUUUUAGCACUUUCUACCACCAUCAUGAGAAGAGCCAACAUUUAUUACUUAAAGUAACUGUCCAGUGUUUCCAGAUUUCUAUGAAAUAAGACCUAUAAUUAAUUACAAUAUGAGUGAAAUAGUUUUCCUUAAAAAUGUUAAAAAGCAGCUUUUCUGUGUUAGAAUGGUGUGGGCGUACCCCAACAACAGAAUGGUGUGGGAGUAUAUCGGUCAUUAAAAAUAUUCAUGCGAGUAGACCGCUGACCGCCAGCACAUCCUCCUUAGGAGGAUGAAAUCAUCUUCUAUGAGGAAGUAGCAAGCGUUUUUUAAACAGUCUGUUUGAGAUACAGGUUUGAGGUGGGGUUUUUGAAGUAUUUUUUCUCAAAUUCAUGCUUUGACCACAAAUACGAGUAUAGGAUAAGUCAACAACAUUACUUGGUUAUGGGUUAACAGAAGAAAAAAAGUGAGAUUUUCACUAGACAGUUACUUUUGUUUUUGUUGAUCUUGUCUCAUCGCUGCAUCUCCCCAACGGUCUCAGGAGGAGCGACGGUCAAGUCAUGCAUCCUCCAAAAGAUGACCUGCCAAACCACACUUCUCAACACCCACCCGCCAGCUGCACUCUCCAACUAAUUACAGCAUGCGGGCACCCAGCCUGCCACAAGAGCACAAUGACUCAAAUAAAGCCCCCCGGCCAAACCCUCCCCGGACAACGUUGGGCCAAUUGUGCGCCGCUCUGUGGAACUCCAGGACAUGGACAGUUGUGACACAGGCUGGUAUUGAACCUGGGCCUGUCGUGGCACAUCAAGCACUGCAAUGCAGUGUCUUAGACCACUGUGCCACUCAGGAGACCUCUAGACAGUUACUUUAAGCAAAGGACAGUGCAUUCACUCCUUUGUUUAUGCGUUAUUACUAAGGUACUUUUCAAUUGUUUUUGUGUUAUUUCCUUCCUUUGACUUUUGGAUGGGUAAUAUGGUGUAAAGUAUGUGAACGUC